CCUUCCAUUCUCCCCAACCAAAGCCACAGCCACACUCGAGUUCGUAUCCUGCCGCCGUCUCCGCCCGUCCGCCGUAGCGUCCCCCCCGGUGAGCCCGCCUCCGGAUCUCUGCAAAUGUCGGAGAGGAAGCGCCGGGCGGGGACAGAUGCGGCCGAGGGGGGCUCCACCUCGAAGAAACUGCGCGGCGCCUCGGCCGCCGCAUCCUACGCCCAAUCCCUCCGCUCGAAGCUCCGCCCUGACGCCUCCAUCCUCGCCUCCCUCCGCGCCCUCGCCUCCGCCGCCUCCAAAUCCAAGCCCGCGACCGCCUCCUCAGCCGGAGCGAAAGCCCUCUCCGAGGACGACCCGGCCUCCGCCUCCUCCAACUACAUCGUGGUCGCCGACCAGGACACCACCUCCGUCACCUCCCGCAUCAACCGCCUCGUCCUCUCCGUCGCGCGAAGCAUCCUGGCUGGCCGCGGCUUCUCCUUCGCCGUCCCCUCCCGCACCUCCUCAAACCAGGUAUACCUCCCGGACCUCGACCGCAUCGUGCUCCUCCGCCGCGAGUCCGCGAGGCCCUUCGCCAACGUCGCCACCGCGCGCAAGGCCACCGUCACCGCGCGCGUCCUCUCCCUCGUCCACGCCGUCCUGCGCAGGGGCAUCCAUGUCACCAAGAGGGAUCUCUUCUACACCGACGUGAAGCUCUUCGGCGACCAGUCCCAGUCGGACGCCAUCCUCGACGACGUCUCCUGCAUGCUUGGAUGCACCCGCUCGUCCCUACAUGUCGUCGCCUCUGAGAAGGGCGUUGUGGUUGGCCGCCUCACUUUUGCUGAUGACGGCGACGUCAUCGACUGCACGCGAAUGGGCGUCGGCGGGAAGGCCAUCCCGCCCAACAUUGACAGGGUGUCAGGCAUUGAGAGCGACGCUCUCUUCAUCUUGCUUGUGGAGAAAGAUGCUGCUUUCAUGCGCCUCGCCGAGGACAGGUUCUACAACCGUUUUCCGUGCAUCAUAUUGACAGCAAAGGGGCAGCCGGAUGUUGCCACCAGGUUGUUCUUGCGCCGGCUUAAAGUGGAGCUGAAGCUUCCGGUGCUCGCAUUGGUGGACUCUGAUCCAUAUGGGCUGAAGAUCUUGUCCGUGUAUAUGUGUGGCUCGAAGAACAUGUCGUAUGACAGUGCCAAUCUGACAACGCCGGAUAUCAAGUGGCUCGGCGUGCGGCCAAGUGAUCUGGACAAGUACAGGGUACCGGAGCAGUGCCGGCUUCCCAUGAGUGAUCACGAUAUCAAGGUGGGAAAAGAGAUGCUAGAGGAAGACUUCGUGAAGCAAAAUGAAGGGUGGGUGAAGGAGUUGGAGACGAUGUUGCGAACAAAACAGAAGGCUGAGAUUCAGGCUCUCAGCUCGUUUGGGUUCCAGUACCUGACUGAGGUAUAUCUACCCCUCAAGCUGCAGCAGGAGGACUGGAUUUAAGAUCUCUUCUGAUGACAGCAGCUGCAGAUGAUACAGAGAAAGAGCAGCUUGAUCGAGGAGCAUCAAUUUGACACUAGUGGGGAGCUAGCUUAACAAUACCUCAUCUGUACCGUGUAACAUCUGUGCGGCAAUCCCUUUGUAUGUUUUAUGUAUUUGAAAAACCGUAUGUUGUGUACUUGUGAGACCUGUAUUUGGAAGUAUCUGCAUCUGUGGAAUUAGAUGUGACUUUUGUGUAUUUGAAAAUUCAUAUAUUGUGUUUUUCUUGUA